AUGGCUGAUUCACCUCCCCACAGCAGGAUCGUGCCUAUCAUGGCUCCCCGGAAGUCAGUGGCACAAUUGGCCGGCAACGGCUCGGGGCAGCCGGCCAAGAAGGCAACCAUGGUCGACAGCAAAGACCUGCACCUAGAGUGCCUGAAGGAGCGACGGCUCUACGCCGUGCCAACCGUGGGAGAUGGCAAUUGCCUUUUCUACUCCCUCUCCGACCAGAUAUUCGGCCACAUGGGCCGUCAAGAUGAAAUCCGGGCUCGGCUGGUCGAGCAUGUCCGCACAAACGCCGAAUACUUUGUCAAGUUUGUGCCGGACGUUGGCGGGGAGAGACGGACUCCCAGGAGAGCAGCGGCUGCCCAGGCCAAAUCCAAUGGCCGGGAGGCAACGCUGGAUGGCCAGUGGGCCAAAUUCAAGACGCUGCUCUCCAACAUGAGGGAGACCGGGUUCUGGGGAGGCUCGAUGGAGAUCCAAGCCUUCUGCCAGGCUUACCAGAGGGAUGUCUACGUGUACUCCGACCAAGGCAUCACUCCCUUCACUAGCACCCUCGACUCGGCCGGUGGGAAGGAUAAGCCGGUGCACAUAGCCUAUCACAACUUCCGGCACUAUUCAUCUGUACGGAGUGUUGAUGGGCCGCAUAACGGGCUGCCGGUGCUUUCGACACCAUCUGGUUACAAGCCAGAGCGUCAGGAGACAUCGAGCGAAGGGAAGGCCGAAGACGGCGAUGGAGGAUCAUCCACGGAUGAUUCUGCCUUUACAGGAGGCGAAGAUCACUGGCCCAAGACUGUUGCCGAAGCAUUUCCAGGAUACGAUCAUGCCACGGUCAGAGCUGCUCUUGCGGCAUACCGAGCCGAUCUGGAAGAGGUCGAUGUUAACGAUGGUUCCCCACUCGAAGGCAUUGAUGACGAAACAUUCAAGGCUGCGUUUCCUGUCUUCAAGUCCGAACUUAACAGGGCCAUUGCAUAUAUCCGGGAUCUGAACGAUAACCCAUCGUCUCAGUCGUCCUCCCAGGACUCUGCCAGUCCCUCCCCGCCUGCACCAGCACCCGCACCCGCACCCGCACCCGCACCCGCACCUACAUCCACACCUACAUCCGAACCCGCACUCGGCUCUAGUCCCACCAAGCCGCGGCGGCGAUUGAUCAGGGGAAUCCGCCCGUCACCCCGAACUUGGCUGGGUUCGUCUUCUCGCUCAUCCUCACGCAACAGCACGGCUAGCAAACGGUCGGCGGGCCACAGUGACGAUGAUGACGACUCAGACGGCAGCCGGCCACAAAUUCGACGCCAGCGCGGCAGAGACCGCAAACGGCGGAUCCUCGGAGAUGUAACCCUUGGUAUCUCUGAUAGAGAUGACGAUGAAAACAGCGAUAUUACCUCUAUCCGACCGAGGGCGGACCCGGAAGUCGUUGCUAAACAGGUAGACACUGACUCUGGCGAUGGUGAGGAUAUUUUCUCCAGCGAAGGAAGAGCAGCAGCUCAGAGACAAACUGAACGAGAGUCUUCAUCUGUAACCUUGGAUCAUGCAGAUGAUGUCGCGGAGACCUCGAGCUCGAACGAAGAACUAUCUGCCGCCGCUGAAAGCGACAGCGAAUUCGAAGAUGAUAGCUAA